CCUCUUUCGCUCAGAUAAAGCCAUUUUGGUUGGCCGUGCUCGUUGCAUGGUGGUUUUAUGUUUCUCCUCGUGGAAAUAAAAAAAAGAAAACCCUGCUGUUUUUCUUUCUGUGCGUUGGAGGCGAGACGGACGAUUAGUUGGGUAACUUCAUGAGCCUGCCGAAGCUGUUUUGAGGAGAUCGUUUCAGCCGGAGCCGUUAGCGUGGGACCGUGCGCAGUUUUCAUUACGCGGCGCAGUUGAACGGCCGUCGUCCAGUGGUGACGUCACAGAUCCCAAACGAACAAAGGAACACUAGAAGUUUUCUUUCUGGAGGAGAAAAAAAAAAUGGCGGAAGUGUACAUUCGAGUGGCGGAGGAGGAAAACGAGGAGCCCAUGGAGAUCCCGUCCGAGGACGACGGCACGGUUCUGCUUUCCACCGUGGCGGCUCAGUUCCCAGGGGCGUGUGGCCUGCGCUUCAGGAGCCCCGUGUCCCAGUGUAUGCGGGGCGUGCGGCUGGUGGAGGGGGUCCUCCACGCGCCAGAAAACGGAUGGGGGAACGUCGUUUAUGUGGUGAACUAUCCAAAAGUCCUUCUUUUUGAAGGAUCUGAAAGACUCUGCACUGAUCAUGUUUCAGACAACAAAAGGAAAAUGGAGGAAAUUGAUGCCUCCUCUGCAGUAAAGAUGAAAAGAGGAGAUAUGAAGACAUCAGAUCUCAUCGUUCUGGGUCUUCCUUGGAAGACAACUGAACAGGAUCUGAAAGACUACUUUAGCACAUUUGGAGAAGUCAUCAUGGUUCAGGUAAAACGAGAUGCCAAGACAGGAAACUCUAAAGGAUUCGGCUUUGUGAGGUUCACAGAGUAUGAAGCUCAAGAGAAGGUGAUCUCCCAGCGCCAUAUGAUUGACGGAAGAUGGUGUGACUGCAAGCUCCCUAACUCGAAGGUGAAUCUGCAGGGCCCGGAUGAGCCUCUGAGGAGCAGAAAAGUGUUUGUAGGCCGUUGCACAGAAGACAUGACCACUGACGACCUCCGGCAGUUCUUUAUGCAGUACGGAGAAGUCACAGACGUCUUCAUCCCCAAGCCAUUCCGUGCUUUUGCCUUCGUCACAUUUGCAGAUGAUCAGGUUGCCCAGUCUCUCUGUGGAGAGGACCUAAUAAUCAAAGGCGUCAGUGUUCACAUCUCAAAUGCUGAGCCCAAACACGGCAAUAGGCAGUUUGAUCGCACGGCGCGGUUUGGGAAUGGUUUUGGCGCUCAAGCAUUUGGUAGCAGCCGUAGUGGGUUAGGGAGCAGCACCAACAGUAGUCUGGCUAAUUUUGGUUCCUUCAGUCUGAACCCUGCCAUGAUGGCUGCUGCUCAGGCUGCUCUGCAGAGUAGUUGGGGGAUGAUGGGGAUGCUGGCUAGCCAGCAGCAGACCUCCACCUCAGGCAGCACCUCCAGUGGAACCAGCUCCAGUAGGGACCAGAGUCAGUCUUUCAGUACAGGAAACAGCAACUACGGCACCAGCUCGGCCAGUCUCGGCUGGGGAACGGGGUCAAACUCUACAACCAGUGGUAGUGGGUUUAGCUCAGGGUUUGGGUCCAGUAUGGAGUCAAAGUCAUCUGGGUGGGGUAUGUAAGUUAAAUGUUUGUAUGGUAAGUAUUGUGACAAAGAUGAGUCUUUUCAAAAUUUAUUUCUGGUGUUGAUGCGUAUCUGAAAACUUAACACUUUUGUGGAAGAUGUUUUGUACAUUUGGAAAAAAUGCUAAAGAUUUAAUUUAGGAAGUGUUGAAGUGAAUUGUUUACCAGGAUGUCUGACUAAAGUGCUAUUUUGAUGUCUCAUUUGUUUGUAUCCAUUUCAACUGGAUUCUCUAAUGCAUGUAUUGUGAAAUGUGAUAUAACCAUUUUGAAAAUGCAUGAAUGUUUGUGGUUCACCAUUAUCCGGCUCUGUCAUCGACCUAAAAGGCAAUCUUGCAUUGGGAAGAAUCUGGUUGAAACCUAAAUGUUUUAAGUGCAACUUUAUUUGCAGUCAAGUUCUGUGGAAAAGCCUUCAUUGAAAUCUCUUCUGCAGUUCAUCUCUCUUCCAUUUUCCUGUGAGGAAGCUCCUCUUUGGCAGCAUUCUUGGGGUGAUAUCGGUAUCAUUCUCCCUCUUCCCACCUGUAAAUGCUAUGCCAUCAAAGAACGGCUUCACUCCGCAUGUUCUAAGAGACGGUGGGUGUUUUCACUUUUAUCCACUUUUAAAAUGGAAAGAACUGCGCAACUGACAUUUUAAGAACUGAUGAGUGCGAUUGAGGAUGGCUUGUGGCGAAGAGUGAAGCGAUGAGUGAGCGAACGGAGAGACGCGUGAAACGGACUGGUUGUGCAGUGAAAGAGCCCAAUUUGACUGCUUUUUGAAUGUGUGAGUGGAAGCUGCAGAUGCUACGAGCGCCUCCCCCUAACAUGGACAUUCUUUAAGUAGUACUUCAAGAUUUUUUUUUUUUUUUUUUUUUAAUCUUUUGCAAGUUUUUCCUUACUCUUAAGUAUGUCGAUCAAGUGCAGAAAUAUCAAAUGUAGUGGAAUGUUGUGAUGAAUAUUUGUAUUGCUUAUAUUAUCUGAUUUGAAUGCUGUAUGGUGUGUGCUUUCAUGUUAUUGAACUGAUCUGUAAGUGUGUACUUGAUGUGGAUGACACCUGCUGAAGACUCUGGGGGACGCUGAGUGCUAGUGUGAGAACGUGGAGUGGUGUGUCCAAUGGUUCCCAGUAGCUCUUGUGUUGUUUGUGAGGUGUUGAAAAAACAUGUCAAAUGAAGGGAGUUCUCUAAUAAAGUUCAUUUGAAUAGA